ACUGUAUCUACCCCCGACAUCACACUGCAGAGCACUGAGGGAAGCUCAAACUGCAUCAGACAAGGAGAGCUGCAAGAAUGUUCCUCCUUACAACAUUUUUCCUCUUCGUAGGCUUUGCAUCAGCCCAGAGGAUAAUACAGUUGAACUACUGCUCUAUAAACGAGCACCACCUCCGCAUGGAUUGCAGAUAUUCGCUCUCCGGUGAGUCACCAGAACCCUUUUGCAAGUACACACAGGGCGAGCGACUCUUCGACACCACCGACCCAGAUGAGGAGCAGCACGCCCCCUUCAGAAAGCGUGCCAAAGCUCGCAUCUUCCCAGGCAACAUCUGUCGCCUGCUGUUUAAAAACCUGCCCAACGGCAAGUCCAACUUCACCUGCAACAUCAGACAGGCCAACUCGACCACAGUGUCCAAAACCUCAGUGGUGGAGAAAAAGCUCCUCCUCCCCUGCUCAGCGAAAAGUAUCCUGUUACAAAGCUGCAGUGGCCUACUGCUGACCUUGAUGACACUUCCGAUGCUGCUGGAAAUUCACUGGCUGUGA